AUUUUCGUGUAGUUGAAGAUUUCAUUGGAAAAAAAGAAGAUGUAGCAGUUAAUGGGCUAGUAAAUGGCAUUGUAUAAGGCAGUAGUAUUCAACUCGUCUAGCAGCUGUUCAAGAAAUUUUAUACAGUUUUUAUUUUUACAACAUUUACGCAGGUUAUUGCCAUUUCAUACACCAUACAAGACAAAUACAUACACGAGUCGUUAACCCAUCACCAUUUCAUUUGAAUUUUGUGAGGUUAAAAGUUUGAUUUUCUUUUUUAAAAAUCUUGAUUGUUUGAUAUUCCUACUAUUGAUUUAUUUUGCUGCUAAACAAUAGCUACGUUAGGGUUUGUAGUUGUACAUUUUAUUCUAAUAUAUGCCAGAGGACAAGCACCAGCUAUAAUGCUCGGUGACUGUGGAGGAUCCUUUAUUGCCGCCCUAGAUGUAGGGACAACUACUGUCAGAUGCCAAAUAUUUAAUUCCUCAGCUGAUACAGUAGGAGCAGCACAGAAACAAGUAAUAUUUAUUUUUUAAGAGUGUAGAUUUUUCCAGAUAUUAUAUUCAUGAUACAUGCGUUUGUCAAGUUUUUUUAAUCAGCCGUCGCAUCAUGCAAUAUCAAUACUAGUGGUAUUGUUUAAAAUACAUUAUUUUUGACGUUCAUGAUCUGUAUUUUGUGUUAUCUCAUUUAAAUUAAAGUCCGUCCAAAGGCGACUCCAGAUUUCAUGCGAAAGGAAACGAAAUUUUAUUCUCCGAAAUUUUAUAUGUAUAGAUAAGGAAUUAUUAAUACUACAAUUUUUAAGAUCAGGCUACACUAUCCUCAUCCAGGAUGGGUUGAAAUGAAACCGGACGAGAUUUUUGCAGACAUCCUACAAGUUAUUAGGAAUGCUGUUGAAAGUAUAUUCUCAGGUUCAUUAUUUACAGUAUGAUUUUAUAACUUUUAUUUUAGCUGCUAAAAUACCUUAUGCCCAGAUUAAAUCUCUUGGCAUAUCGACGCAACGGGCAACAUUCGUUACAUGGAAAAAGGAUACAGGAGAAUGUUUACAUAACUUCAUUACUUGGAAGGACCUGAGAGCUAGAGAAUUCCUGAAUGCUCUAAAUGCUUCUUGGAGAAUGAUUUUUUUCAGAUUUGGAGCAUUGUUAAUAUAUUGGCUGACACGAAAUAAAAAAUUUGGAAUGGGUAGCAAGCUGAAAAUUAUGUCCAGCCAUGUAUCAGGAAGAUUUUUAUGGGUAUUGCAGAACAUAGAAUCGGUGAAAAAAGCUUUGAAAUCUGAUAAUUUGAUGUUCGGCACGCUCGAAACGUGGUUGAUAUAUAAGCUGACAGGUAGCUGUCAGUACGUAACAGAUAUUUCUAACGCUAGUGCUACAGGAUUCUAUGAUCCAUUUGACUUGAACUGGGGGACAGUAGCUAAACUGUUGAGGAUACCUGUACGAUGUUUGCCAAUGGUAGUAGAAAAUGAUUAUGAUUUUGGGAAUGUCGACGAGUCCUUUUUUGGUGUGCCCAUAAAGAUAGCUUGUGUGAUGGCGGACCAAUCUUCAUCAAUGAUCGGUUCUUGCUGUUUUGCAAACAACGAUCUGAAAAUAACGCUUGGCACUGGUGCAUUUUUGAAUGUGAAUACAGCGGACAAAAUUCAGCCAAGCCUGAAUGGAAUGUACCCUUUAAUAGCUUGGCAACUAGGAAAAGACUUGGUCUAUAUGUCUGAGGUACCAUGCCCUGAUGCUGGUUCCCUGGUAGAGUGGUUACAGAAUGCUGGUUUUAUUUGUGAAGCUUCCACUUCAUCGCAACUGGCAGCAAGUGUUGAGGACUCAGAUGGUGUGUUCUUUAUUCCGGCUUUCAGCGGUUUAGGGCCACCAAUAAGCAAUGAGAAUGCGGGUACGGGUUUCAUCGGUAUAAAACCAACUACGAGAAGGGAGCAUAUUGUACGAGCAGUUUUAGAAAGUAUUGUAUACAGAAUGGUAUUAUGCUAUGACUUGCUGAAAAGCGAGAGAAAUGCAAAUUAUAAUAGCAUACGUGUGGACGGUGGCUUGUCAAAUAGCAGUUUCAUCUGUCAAUCGCUCGCGGAUAUGUCCAGGUUACCAGUAACAAAAAUGGAAACUACUGAUAUAACGGUCCUAGGAGUAGCUUAUCUGUCAGGAUUGAAGUGCGGUUUUUGGAGCAACAAGGAAGACUUGACGAAAUUGAAAAAAGUGACCGAAAGUUUCGAGCCGACAAGGGAUCAAAAUAAAAUAGAAAUGAACAAGAACAAUUUAAACCUAUGGAUCAGAGCUGCUCGAAGAUUUUACUCAUGGUAUUGAUUUGCACUAGUCAAUACGUUACUAGUAUUCAUAUUCGGUCAAUAUAGGUGAAUGUUAAUUUUAUUAGACAAUGUGAAAAAAUUAUCAGGCACUGAUAAACACUUCUGUACUUUGAUGCGCCUUUGUGGUGAAAAUUUAAUAGGUCAUGUAUAUUUAUUUAAAAACAUUCAAAGAAUAUCUAAUAAAAAAUCCUAACAGUGUUGUUAGUUUUUAUUAAUUUACUAUUUGCGAACUUUACAAAUUUCUUGUAUGACUUUUAUACACCGAUUAAUUUGAAUAAAUAAAACACUUCAUAAUAAAAA